CUGCCCCUCCCCCCUCUCCGCCGCCUCUCGUCAACGAACGACCAGCACUAAGCUCAGGCGCCAUAUUGGAACCAUUUUAGGAAACAUAACAGUAACAUUUGGUCGGUGUAAAAACCCUGCACUUUUUCAACAUGCUGUACUUGGAGGAUUACUUGGAGAUGAUCGAACAACUUCCCAUGGAUCUCCGCGACAGGUUUACGGAAAUGAGGGAGAUGGACCUGCAAGUACAGAAUGCAAUGGAUCAGUUAGAACAAAGAGUCAAUGAGUUCUUUAUCAAUGCAAAAAAGAACAAGCCAGAAUGGAGGGAGGAACAAAUGGAAGCAAUAAAGAAGGACUACUAUAAAGCUUUGGAAGAUGCUGAUGAAAAAGUGCAGUUAGCAAAUCAAAUUUAUGAUUUGGUGGAUAGACAUCUGCGUAAAUUGGACCAAGAACUUGCCAAAUUUAAAAUGGAGCUUGAAGCUGAUAAUGCUGGAAUUACAGAAAUAUUAGAAAGGAGAUCUUUGGAAUUGGACAAUCCACCUCAGCCCGUUAAUAACCACCAUGGCCACUCGCACACUCCAGUUGAAAAAAGGAAAUAUAACCCAUCGACGCACCAUUCUGUGGACCACGUUCCUGAGAAGAAAUUCAAAUCAGAAGCUCUUUUAUCAACACUUACAUCAGAUGCUUCAAAAGAAAAUACACCAGGGUGCCGUAAUAACAACUUAACAUCAACAUCUAACAGUGCCUACAAUGCUAAUUCAUCACAGCCCCUCAGCUCGUAUAAUCUAACCUCAUUAUCUCCAGGAGCGGGACCAGGAGCUGUAGCUAUUACAAUGGCAGCAGCCCAGGCUGUUCAAGCCACUGCGCAGAUGAAGGAGGGCAGAAGAACAUCUACUAUAAAGGCCACUUAUGAAGCAUUCAAAAACAAUGAUUUUCAGCUGGCACGAGAAUUCUCCAUUUCAAGAGAAUCAACAGGUUAUCCAUCGACACUUGCCUCGACACUUACACAGACAUUACCUACAUCAGCCACAGAUUCACGAAGUGGUCGAAAAAAUAAAAGCAGCAACAAGUCUUCAAAUCACCAGUCGUCAUCAUCAUCUUCAUCAUCAUCAUCAUCUUCAUCAUCAGUAGUAGCACAAGAAAUCCCUCCGCAGACCCCAGUUUUACCAGAGUCUGAUUCCAAUAACCAAGUCGAUUGGACAUAUGAUCCCAAUGAGCCUCGGUAUUGUAUAUGCAAUCAGGUAUCCUAUGGAGAAAUGGUAGGAUGUGAUAAUCAAGAUUGCCCCAUUGAGUGGUUUCAUUACGGAUGUGUCGGGCUAACCGAAGCUCCGAAAGGAAAAUGGUACUGUCCACAAUGCACUGCGGCAAUGAAGAGGCGUGGCAGCCGCCACAAGUGAAACUGAAAGACAGGAAUUAAUGUGACUGGUGCUUUGUACAAACAAACAAACAAACAAACUUUAAUAAUAACAUUGAAUGGGAACAAACAAUUACUGCAAUAUGUGACUUUUUUGCAGUACCCUUAUCUGUUCCUAUUUGAGAAUGUAAAGCUUAUUGAUGAAAAUUUGAUUUUCAAUGUUUGUUUUAAGAUGCAGGAUGAUUAAUUAUCAAUCUCAACAAUAUUCUCUGAAUAGUCUAACUGAAGCAAAAAAAAAUCCCAAAUGUACAGUUCAUAUUUGUUUAAAGAUGCUUUACUUUUGUGUUUAAUUAUUACUUCUGGGAAACUUAAAAGUUCAGCUGGCUGAAAUAAAACGCAAUAUGGGCAAUAAAAUCUUGUAAAGCUAACAAAUGUUAAUGUCCUGAUACAUGAACAAAUAUUUCUUUAUCAUGUGAAUGCCAGUUUGUGCCAUUAGUGUUCAAUGUUUUGGUGCAGCACGUUUCUUAUAAAGAAUAUAAAAAUAAAAUUAUCAGGAUGUCUUUGAUACAUAACAGAGUAAAAAACAUUAUGAUGUGUUUAUGGAAACAUGUUUUUUCCUCACUUGUAUUAGACAUGACAUUUGUGUUUAACCAGUAAAAACAUGAUGAUUGGUAAA